CCCGAAUAACCAUCCGGGAGAAUGAUGUGGACAUCUCCGAUUCAGAUGACGAUGAAAAUGUUGUCGAGAGCUUCACCACCUGCCACAGAGCAUUGCAGACCAUUGUGAAAUAUGUCCCUUUGACACCGCAAUUUCUCAUGCCAGUGCUGGCUGAAAAAUUUCCCUUUAUUAACAAGUCAGAAAGAACCUUACAAUGUUAUCUCCAUAAUUUGCUGCGAAUAAGCGUAUAUAUCCCAGCGUUGAGGCAUGACAUUUUGGAGCUGGUUGUUGAGAAGCUGCUAAAAAUUGAUGUAAGCGCCCCAAGAAAAGAUAUCGAAGCUGCCGAAGAAGAAGAAGAGGGAAACGGUGAGAAGGGACUCUUCAAUAUGGAUGAAGAUGGGGAGAAUCUGGAGAAGAGUGAACUCAUGGCUCAUCCCAUUGCAGAACGCCUCGACAUCUUGAUGAUCGUGAUGUUUUCCUACAUUAAAGACAUAUGCUACGUUAAUGGGAAAAUUGAUGUUGGCAACACAAAAGACUUAUACCGAGACCUUGUGGCUAUCUUUGAUAAGCUGAUUUUAACCACCCAUGGAUCAUGUCAUGUGCAGUUCAUCAUGUUCUACCUCUCUAGUUUCAGAUUGGUAAUUGCAGAGGCUUUUGUGGAGCAUCUCUGGAAAAAGCUACAGAAUCCCAACGUUCCUGCUGUAAUCCGGCAAACCACUGGGAACUACAUUGGCAGCUUUUUGGCACGGGCCAAGUUUAUUCCCAUUGUGACGGUGAAAACCUGCUUAGAUCUCCUGGUCAGCUGGCUGCACACCUACAUCGACAAUCAGGGCACGGGGUCCCGAGCAUUUUGCGACGUUGCGCUCCACGGUCCGUUCUACGCCGCCUGCCAGGCUGUAUUCUACAUAGUCAUCUUUCGCCACAAGCAGAUCCUGGAUGGAAAUCUCAAGAAAGGUUUGGCCUACUUACAAAGAUUAAACUUUGAGCGCAUCAUUCUGUGCCAGUUGAACCCCCUAAAGGUGUGCCUGCCAACCAUUGUGAGUCUCUUUGCUGCCCUCACCAG